UGCUGAAUACGCGUCGACGUCACGGCCGAGUCGGCAAUCAGCUGUGCGGCUGCUUCAACAAAACAGCAGGUAAAUUGCUGGCCUCAAAAAAGGGCCACACUUCGAAAGACAGUUGCUUGAGAGAGUUCGACGCGUGCAGACGACUCCGAGAACGUGAACGAAACAAAAUUCAAAAUAUUAAAUUGACAUUUCUACUGGAAAUUUAAUAACAUUUCUUCAAGUUAGCUAACAGAAGUUAAAGUGACAGAAAAGUGAGCUACAUACAAAAUAUUGUAUACACAAACUAGUAUACAAAAUGCAAGAAAAAAAAGAGAGACAACAACAACAAAACUAAAAUAAAAACAAAGUCGUUGACGUUGACGUCGAGGUUGGCGUCGCGUAACAGCUGUCUUUGCGCUCUCUCUCUCUUCAUUCAGCAUUAACGCGCCAAUUCAGCGCUGCGCUCUCGUUGGGCGCUGAAUUCUGAAAAACUCACAAAAGCGACAAUAUUAAAUUGUCGUUUCAUUUCGCUUGCGCUGCUCAACGGGUACGGACGUGUUUUGAGCUACAAACUUGAACGAACGCUGUAUAAAACAAUUAAAAAAAAAAAAACUGUAAAUUACACGCGUGUAUUUGCAUUUAAGACUGAACAAAAUUAAGCAACAAUACAAAAACUCAAUUUGCAGCUAAAAUAGAAACACAAAAAUAAAUUAAAGACUGAUUAAACAUUACAAUAAACUGCAAAAAAUAAUAAUUCAAUUACGGGUGCGACAAAGCGACAAAAAAAAAAUCAACACGCAAGCAGCAACAGCAGCAUAUGGAUUAAGGUUCCUCUCUCUCUCAAACACACACACACACACACACACACUGAAAUUUAAACCCACAACAAACAAACGGAUUAAGAGCAGCUUUAAAUACCGUUAAAAGCUGCGCUCUCUCUCGCUCUCAUUUGGAUUACCAGUGCCAAUUUCUUAAAAGUGAAGUGAACAAAAGUUGCAAAUCUCAUUAAAAUGAAAUGCUAAACAAAAAGUAAGAGAAAAUUCUAAACAAACGAAAAUAGCAACAAUAUUGUGUGACAGCAACAACAACAAGAGUUAAAAAUGACGAUGGCUGCGUGUUAUGCCAAUUAUGACAUGUCGUCCAUGUCUUCGCUCUCGCUCUCGCACAGCAUGUCGGCAGCGCUGCAGCAGCAACAGCAGCAGCAGCAGCAACAACAACAGCAACAGUUGCAGCAGCAACAGCAGCAGCAACAACAACAGCAGCAGCAGCAACAUCAUCAUCAACAGCAACAACAACACAUGUAUCAUGCUGCAGUUGCUGCACAUCAGCAACAGUUGUUGCAACAACAGCAGCAACAACGCCAGCAUCAACCCGCCAACAACAACAACAACGCACGUCACGCUGCGACGCAGGUUGCUGCCAGCAAUCAGCAGCAGCAGCAGCGUCAACACAGCAGCAGCAGCAACGCCAGCAGCAACAGCAGCAGCGCCGCCGCCACAGCAAUUGCCUUGAGCAGCGCUGUCAGCAGCGGCGGCAGCAGCAGCGGCGUCAGCAGCGGCAAGGACUACAGCAUUCCGCUGCACGUCGACUGUAGCGUCGAGUACGAGCUGCCAAAUCAGCCAAAGCCGCCCGCCGGUCAACGCGUCGAGCCGCUGCUGAUGAUACAUCCCUGUUAUUUUCGCAAAAUGGAGUCGCAGCGUCGCAGUCCGUUCGUGAACAACAUGCAGGCGACGGCGACCGCGCGCAGCGCUGCCAGCAGUGCAGUCAGCAGCGCAGCGGCGGUGGGCGGUGGAGGAGCAACAGCGGCUGCAGCGCCAAGCAGCGCUGCCAGACGUAAGACACAAAUGCAGCAGCAGCAACAACAACAACAACAACAGCAGCAACAGCAGCAACAACAACAACAGCAGCAGCGACAGGCAGCGUAUCAGCAGCAGCUGCGUCAGCAGCAGCAGCAGCAAAUGUCACAAAUGUCGCAGCAGGCGCUGUAUCCAGUGCAGCAGCAACAACAACAACAGCAACAACAACAGCUGCGACAGCAACAACAACAGCAGCAGCAGCAACAACAACAACAACGCAACCAAAGUCGUCAACAAAGCCAAAGCCACUCAGCCACCUCAGCAGCAGCCGCAGUCGCCGCCGCAGCAGCCGCAGCAGCAGCAGUGACGUCGGCGUCGGGUCAAUGGGAACAGUUGGCUGCUGCGCUGACGCCGCAUCAACAGCAGCAGCAGCACUCACACUCCCACGCCCACCCACACUCUCACACACACCCACACUCACAUGCACACACACACUCUCACCAGCAACAACAACAACAACAACACAUGCAGCAUGCGGCAGCGCUGUAUUCAGCCAAAAGCAGCAACGCAGCUGCAGUCGCUGCCAACGCCGCUGUUAGCUCUGCUGCCAACGCUGCUGGCAAACGGGAUGCGUUAAUUUCAGGCAGCGGCAGCUACGCCAGCAGCGCAGCCGCCAAACAGCAGCAACAACAACAACAACACUGCCUGCCACCUCCAGUUGCACCAUGGGAUGCAACAGCAGCAGCGGCGGCGGCAGCGCUGCUGAUCGAUCGGUCGCCGAUGGCAACAGUUCCUAGCAAUUAUCAGGCCGGUCCUGAGGCCACGCCCAUGCACCGCCUGCCGCCCACGGCGACGGACAAGCUGAGCGGCAAGUACCGUCAAUAUCUGCGCACGCAGCAUCGCAUGCAUCCCUACGCAGCAGCGGCGGCGGCAGCUUCGCUGGCAGCGGCAGCGAAUUUGGGGCCGGCUUCGUUUGUGCCCUUCGGCUCAGCAGCAACGUCGGCGACGGCAGCAGCAGCGACAGCGCCAACAUUCCAGCAACUGCAGCAAAUCUCCUGCUACAACGUGUGAUCCAACAACAACAACUAGAGUAACAGCAACAACAACAACUAUCGACAGCAGCAGCAACAACAAUUGAGACAGACGCUUACCAAGUAAACGUCAAUGAAAUAAUUGAGAUAAAGAGAGAACUUUUGAUUUUAGUAAACAAAUUGGAAAUUGUCUUGUUUUAGUUGAAAUUCAAUUUUAUGUCAUUUGCCUUGAGUUGAAAAUGAAACAAUACGUGCAACAUUUUUUUGGUAUGACAAUAAACCUAUGACGAGCACUGUAAUUAUGAGAAAGCUCAGUGCUCUCUUUGCUUGCAGCUUGCGUGUGUUAGAGAUUGUGUGCAAAAGUAAAGUUUAAGUGAGUUAAAGAGAACACUGAGCAUUGUAAUUGUGAUAUCUUUUGAAUAAGAGAUUUGUUUGUAAAAACAAGAGUAAUGAAUUCAGUUUUGCAUUUUAUUGUCAUACGAAAAGAAUCAAAUGCAACCUGAACAAUUUGUGUGUUGUUGUUUUUAACCCAUGGGCAAACUGUUAACCCAUUAUUGACCUGUUUUAUUUUUGAUUUGAUUUGUAAUUAAUUAAUUAAAUGUACUUGUAAAAUUAGCUGCGAACAAUUGUUGCCAAAACCAGAAGAAAAGUAUGAAAAUAAUUGAAUUUCAUUUUCUUUUAGUAACUUGUAGUAAUUUGAUAAAAAGAGAUAAACGAAAAAAAAAAACAACAAAAAACAAACCAACAACAAAACAAAACAAACAACAAAAAAA